GAAAGAGUGCACAUAUAGGCUCUGUGAGAGCCAGGAAGAGAGAAGGAUAACGAAAGGGCAGCAGCCUUCUUCUCUUCUGGAGGAACGAGAUCGACGAUUCGAUCGGACGAGAAGGAGUGGAGGCGAAUAAAAGGCGGAGAGGAAGAUUAUAUAUUCGCGCGCAAGGAAGAUGAGCCUGGACCGCCGUCGCGGUUCGCAGCAUCUCGCAGACAGGAUCGUCCUAGGGACGGCGGCAUCGACGGCGCUGGCCUUCGAUGGAACGCCGUCGUGCGGUUCAACGACUCGCAACGGAGCUGCGUCCAUAGAGUUACACGACCUUCAUAAGGUAUAAAACGCGCUUAACCGACCGCCCCUUUAUUCCCGCAACAGCGUGACGUGAGAGACGAGAUGUAAGCAGAGAAAGAGAGAGAGAGAGAGAUCAGGUAUAUAUCGGAAGAUCGAUAUAUCCACCUCUUGGAAAGAAGAAAAUCCGAUAUCCUCUUUCUUACCCAGAAGAUGCUUCCUCGUGCUUCGAAUUUAAUUCAACGCAAUCCUUCGAAAGAUACAACGAAAGAAUUCUUGAGGAGAGACACAAAAUGGUGAACCGGAAGAGCGGGAGAUCGAUCGAGAUCGCGUAAUCGAUAGUUGAGUGCGAUAAAAGAAGAAACGCUUGUCUCGGUUCGAAAGAGACGAAGACGUAUUUUGGAAGAUUUUUCUCGCCACGGAUAAGAAGACAAAUUCGGCAUCAUGUUCCAGUGCAUCAUACAGCAGAGGAACGGCUGGAUCCAUCCUUACACUCCCGACACCAAGGAUGUCUUUCCAGACAUACGGCUACAGCUGAACGAGCAGCUGAGAUGCCUCGACGUGAGAAUGGAGGCGCAAGUCGCCCUCGUGGCCGAGCUCCAGGAUUUCUUCCGCAGAAGAGCGGAACUGGAGCUGGACUACAGCAAGUCCCUCGACAAGAUGGCCAGGAGUAUACAAUUGAGGCACAAGGAGCAGAAACAAAAGCGGGAACAAUGGCCCCUGUUCUCCAGCUACGCCUGCUGGCAGCAGCUCGUCAACGAGACCAAGUCCCUAAGCAGGGACCACGCCGCCCUGUCUGAGGUCUACAGCACCCACCUCGUGGGUCGUCUCAAUCAGGUGAUGGAGGACGUGCAGCGAAUUUACAAGCGUUGUCGCGAGAUCGGCUACGAGACGCACGAGGAAAUACUCCGAGUGCUGCACGAACUUCACACGACGAUGAAGACCUACCAGGCUUAUCAAGCCGAGUCCAGGCAGGCGGAGACGAAGCUGCGCGUCGCCGAGCAGCAGCGCAACAAACUCGAAGUGGCGAACGCAGACAGCCGCGACAAGCUCGCGCGCAGCAAGAAGUACAAGCUCAUCGAGAAGGAAGUUAACAAGAGGAAGAGCAAGUACCAGGAGGCGAAGCUGAAGGCGCUCAAGGCGAGAAACGAGUACAUCCUGUGCCUGGAGGCGUCGAAUACGACGAUACACAAGUACUUCGUCGACGACCUAUCCGACCUCAUCGACUGCAUGGAUUUUGGAUUUCACAAUUGCAUUGCGAGAGCACUGCUGAUGCACUGCAGCGCAGAGGAAGGCAGGCAGCGUUCCUUACAAUCUGGCGCUGAACAAUUAGCAGCGUGUGUUGGUGCUCUCGAUUCUCGGGCGGAUAAACAAAGAUUCAUGGAGUCCCAUCACGCGGCCUUCAUGAUUCCCAAGAAAUUCGAGUUCCAAGGACAACGCGGAGAUGAGUCGCCGGAGCCCGAAUUACAAAAGAUGCUGCACUCGGAGAUGGAGCAACGACUGCAGCAGUUGCAGCAGAGGGUGACGUCGCUGCGAACCGAGUCGGAAGAGGUAUGGAAGACUCUGGAGACGGCAGAAGCGAGUCUGCUCGAGAUGUUGACCGCCAAGGAUUACGAUUGUUCGAGAUACUUUGGCGAGAACGCUGUGCCCACGUCGAGGCCGCCUGAGACAGUGCAGAUCAAACUGCGAGCUGACAGACAGGAGACUGAAGAAUUCUACCUCAUAAAAUUCAGGGAGUAUCUUCUCGGCACGUCGAGAAUAGCAAGGCUAGAUGCAAAGCAGGAGUACAUCCGGCAGAGUCUGCUGGAUGGCUCGAACGCCAGUCCGAAUCCGUCGAUUUCCGCGACAAAGCAGAAGCAGGCGCGUCGCAAGCGAAUCGGCCGUCUACAGAUGAACGGCCAGCCGAAGCUGUUCGGCGGUUCGCUGGAGGAGUACUUGGAGACCACGAAUCAGGAGAUACCGCUGAUCAUGAAAAGUUGCAUUCGCGUCAUCAACCUGUACGGCUUGCACCAUCAGGGUAUUUUCCGCGUCUCAGGCUCGCAGGUGGAGAUCAACAAUUUCCGCGAGUGGUUCGAGCGCGGCGAGGACCCCCUGGCAGAUGUGACCGACGCUUCGGAUAUUAACAGCGUCGCCGGGGUAUUGAAGCUCUACCUGAGGGAGUUACGUGAACCGCUCUUCCCUAUCAUUUACUUCGAGCAUCUAAUGGAGCUUGCGCAACUCGAGUCGAAACAGGACUUUGUCAAUAAGAUGAAGGAGCUGAUAGCGAGUCUGCCGAGGCCGGUAGUGAUCGUCAUGCGGUAUCUCUUUGCUUUUCUUAACCAUCUGUCGGAGUUUUCGGAUGAGAAUAUGAUGGAUCCGUACAACUUGGCAAUCUGCUUCGGCCCGACCCUGGUGCCCGUUCCCGAAGAUAAGGAUCAGGUUCAAUACCAGAAUCAAGUUAACGAGCUUAUUAAGAACAUCAUCACAUUCUGCGAAGAGAUCUUCCCGGAGGAUAUCGGUGGUACUCAAUAUGAAAAAUAUAUCAGCAGAGAGCCUGAUGAUGCGGACGUGGGUGAUUCGCCGACGGAUCAAGUUCAAGAAGAUAUGGAUUCAGAAGUUUACCCAUCCGAAGACGAAUCUGAGAAUCUCGAAGCGACAGCACAAUUCGACUUUAAUGCGAGAUCUGAGAGAGAACUGAGCUUCAAGAAGGGCGACACUCUGACGUUAUACACGCAAGUUAGUAAUGAUUGGUGGCGAGGUGCUCUAGCCGGCAGAGAGGGAUUGAUUCCUGACAAAUAUAUCAUGCUCAAGAUAAAAGAUGAGGAGCGUGAGAAGGAGCUUUUAAAAUCAUCCAGCGAGGAAUCCAUGCGCAGAAGAGCGUCCAGCUCGGCUGAUAGUGUCCUAUCGAGCAACAACUCACCCUUGAUGGGCCCGUCGGCGAAUCCGAGCACCUGGUCGUCCGGGGCGGCGUCCGACAUGUCGUCCGCCACGACGAACAUAAUAACGGACAAUAGUAAUGCCAGCGGUAUUAUCGCGUCCGUGGCGAAUGUGCCCUGCAUUUCGUCGGCGCAGCCGAUCAUCAGUCGAGAGGCCGACAAUCCCGUGAGCGGGUCGAGGUUGGUCAGGGUGUCAACCCCGACGGAGAACGAGAGACAUCAUCAUCGGAACAACCUGGACGGUCCGGUUUCCCAGCUCUCGUCGGAGGAUAGCAUCGAGUGCGUCGACGGUGGAGAUAACUCGGUUCAGCUGAAGCAACGAGGCGGCAACGAGGAGGUCGUCGUGAACGAGGAGGUCACGGUCGAGCGUAACGUCCUCUCGGCGAUCUCGUCCCUGGACGGGAUCGCGUCGAAGCGCGGCGCCAGCCGGAAGCAGCAGCACUGGAAGUCGCAGAGCGUCGGCGAGAGCAUGAUGGGGCAGCAACAGCAGCAGCUGUCGAAUUCCCUGGCGACGACGAGCACGGCAACGACGACCACGACGUCGACGACGACGUCAUCGUCCGAGACCCCGGACGACGAGUCGCAGCCGGAACAGAUGCCGAACUUCUCGGCGAAUCGCGAGCUCUGGCAGCGUCGUGCCACCUCGCAGACCCAGUUGUUGAACGCGACGGUGGUGGUUCCCGUUACUCCGAAAUCGUCGUCCUAUUCUCGCGUGUCUCAGGAAUUCCGCGAGAUGCGGCAGAAGCAUACGCCGGACCUGGUGAUGGAUCUACCGCUGUCCGCGCAGGAUCCUGUCGGCAAGAAAUCUGCGUCGUCUAGCAGUCUAAGUAGCUCGGACGACGAGACGAUGAUGAUGUCGUCGUUGCUGCCGCCGCAGCAGCAGCAACAAGCGGUUCCCUCGCGAGCGGAAGCCGCCACGUCGCCGACCGGCGGUCCGGAGUCACCGGAUAUGAGCACCGCCGCCGAGCGCUUCGCCAAGCAGAACCAGUGUACCCUGAAGAAGAACACGAAGAGCGCGAGCACAGCGGAGACACCCAUCGCCGGUGGCAAGCUGAAGCGAAUCGAAACGACAGCGGAGCAGCACGACGGCGUCGUCGUCGUCGUUGACGCGGAGAACGACGAGAUCAUCCGGUCGGCCAGCUCGAAUCAGAUCGCCGUCGACGGCGGGGGGGAGGGUGGCGGUGGGGGUGGGGUCAACCUGCCGCUCAGGUCACCCCUACCGCCGCGUUCCACCCCCAAGAUCGUCGCCAAGUUCGCCGAGCUGCAUCUGACCGGCGGCAGCCAGAUGGUGUCGCCGUUCAAGCCGCAGGUCAAGGUCAAGCCGACGAUCCUGCGCAAACCGGUGAUGCCGUUCCCGCAUCCGCACAUGAGCCCCGAGCUUGCGCGCAAGAUCGAGAAACAAGCGCAAAGCGCGGAACAGGCCAAUUAAAAAUAGGAGGCGAAAAAAAAAAGAUUGCCAUAAUCGUACAGCUGAGAGAGCAGCUUUGACGUUGUAUUAAAUCGCGGUCGGGUCCCCCGGCGAUCGCCGAGAUAUUAGGAUAUAUUCGACGAACGAUGAGAAGACGCGAGUCCAAUUUCGAGCUUUCAAAGGGAAUUCGAGCUCUCUUCUCGACUUUUAAAGUCUACUCCUUUUUCGCCGACUCUCUCCCCCUUCUAUAUCCCCCCAUACCUCCUAUGUAAUCUUAUAUAUUUUACGCAAGUUAUUCGCUCUCGAACGAUGCAACUUGACAAUAACCGCCUUCCUUUUCAUGCAUGCGCGAAAAGAAACCGUACGUGGAAUUGCAAAUUUAAUUGACAAACAAUGUUAAACUAGGAAUACUAGGCUAUUGCCGAGGGAGGCGUCUAAGCCGAGACCGAUCGUGCUUUCGAUGAAAGAGAGAUGGAUAGAGAUCGACCUUCUAGAUCUCGCCAAGGAGAUUUCGAGACGGUAGCGUGUAGAUUUUCGAACGAUGUUGAAGCGCGACCACACACGUCCCAUCGACCAGUUACUCCGCCCAGUCGCGAGGACUUCUACCGUAUUAAUUAUCGUGCCCGAAGUUGAAGAGAGGAAAGGAGCUGCCGCGGUAUAGCGCGGUGCGAUCAAUUUCGCGUGCUGCAAUCAAACAAAAACUACACUUUUUCCCAAGUGUUGAGAGAGUAAAAUUCGCACGCAGAACUAGAGAGACCACGGCGCUAUCCUUGCGGGGCCGAGUUUAUUUUUUCUACAGAUGUUUUCCAUUUUCGCAUAAUUUUUUUACCAAAUGAUCCGCGCGAAGUAAUGUUUCUAGUCAUCGAGCGAAGAUAAGAAUAAGAGAAAAAAAAAUGAAAACAGCAAAAGAGAGAGAGAGAGAGAGAG